GGAAAGUGAGAAAAAAAAAGGUUGGGCUGCUUGCCCUUCCUUGCCUUUUGGUAUUUUCUUUCCGUCUCCGGUUUAUUUUUCCUUCGUCCUUGGAUGGAUGCGCUGGUCGCGGGUUUGAUCUGACCAAGACGUAGAGGCGGUGGUAGAGGUCCGUGCGGUGGGGGGUGGCUUGCGAGGGAGACCAGAGUUAGGUCCAUGGCGCCUUCAGUUGGGUGAGGAAGGCUUGCAGCCGAGACAUUGAAGACACAGUAAUAGAACGCAAAGAAUGGGUAAGAAGGGAAAGUGGUUUAGUGCUGUGAAGAAAGUCUUCGGCUCCUCCGCUCCAGAUGGAAAGGAAGCAAAGGCUGAGAAGGCGGACAAGUCAAAAUCCAGGAGGAGAUGGCCAUUUAGAAAGUCGAGGCACUCUGAUCCUUCUACCUCAACGGUGUCCGGGACUGCUCCAGUAGCUCCGUUGCCGCCGCCACCACCAAUACAACUUACUCAGCCACACUCUCAGGAGAUUAAAGAUGUCAAGCCAGUUGAAACAGACAGUGAGCAGAACAAGCAUGCAUACUCUGUUGCCCUUGCAUCCGCUGUUGCUGCUGAAGCUGCUGCAGUUGCUGCCCAGGCCGCUGCUGAGGUUGUCCGCCUCACAGCAGUUACCACGGCAGCACCAAAAAUGCCUGUUACUUCAAGGGAAGAACUUGCUGCCAUCAAGAUUCAGACUGCCUUCAGGGGUUAUCUGGCAAGGAGAGCAUUGCGGGCACUAAGAGGGCUAGUUAGAUUGAAGUCACUUGUCGAUGGAAAUGCCGUCAAGCGCCAAACUGCUCACACUUUGCAUUGCACACAAACGAUGACAAGAGUUCAAACUCAAAUCUACUCUAGAAGGGUGAAGUUGGAGGAGGAAAAACAGGCUCUUCAAAGGCAGCUCCAAUUGAAACAUCAAAGGGAACUUGAGAAAAUGAAGAUUGAUGAAGACUGGGAUCACAGCCAUCAAUCCAAAGAACAAAUUGAGGCCAGCCUAGUUAUGAAACAAGAAGCUGCACUAAGACGAGAAAGAGCACUCGCAUAUGCAUUUUCUCACCAGUGGAGAAAUUCGGGUCGAACAAUAACCCCAACUUUCACGGAACCUGGGAAUCCUAAUUGGGGCUGGAGCUGGAUGGAACGCUGGAUGACAGCAAGACCUUGGGAGAGCCGAUUGGCAGCAUCAGACAAGGAUCCUAAAGAGCGUUCUCUGACAAAGAAUUCCAGCACCAGUUCUGUUCGAAUGUCUGUACCCCGUGCCAUCUCAAUCCAGAGGCCAGCAACACCAAACAAGUCGAGCCGUCCACCAAGCCGGCAAUCACCUUCAACACCUCCAUCGAAGGCACCAUCUACCUCAGGAAAGACCAGGCCUGCAAGUCCAAGGAGCAGCUGGCUGUACAGGGAAGAUGACCUGAGGAGCAUCACGAGCAUACGCUCUGAACGCCCAAGGAGGCAGAGCAUAGGCGGAGGCUCAGUCCGGGAUGAUGCAAGCCUGACUAGCACACCACCUCUCCCCAGUUAUAUGCAGUCGACAGAGUCUGCGAGGGCAAAGUCUCGAUACCGCAGCUUAUUGACUGAGAAGCUUGAGGUUUCAGAGAGGGCACCUCUGGCCCAUUCGGUUGUUAAGAAGCGCCUCUCCUUCCCGAUCAUCGACAAACCGAGCGGUCUACCGGUCGAUAAGCCAAAGGAAAGAGUGAGGCGCCAUUCAGACCCUCCGAAGGUCGAUCCUGCAACGCUGAAGGAUGCCCCAGUUGCCUGAUCAUGCCCUUGUGAUUGUUAGGUUUCGUGCUGUUUUAACUCCAUGAUGUAUUUUCUAAGUUAGAUUGUUCUCUCUGUGUAAUGUAUGAUCUGUCCGGGUUGAUUUGACAAUCGAGACAGUUCUAACUGUGUUUGCAGACAUGGUUUUCUCCCUGUAGAUUGAUACUUACGUGUGAUGCUAAUAGUGUGUGCGAUUGUCUUUCAAUGUAGCGACAAAACGGUUUUCGAUAGACUU